AGCUGAUGCCUACGGCAAGCCGGAGAGGACCAAAUGCUUCGGAACGCUGUUCUCCCCACUCGCCCCCGCGCCCCAGCGACUGCCCGUUCCACCUCGCGAUCUGCAGGGUGCCCGGGUGGCGCGACGCUCGGCCUCCAGGGAGCUGCUGUGCGGUGCCUGGAAAGAGGCGGAGGCUCGCGGCUCAGCUCUCCCGGCCCAGCUCUGGCCGCCGCCGCAGCCCCAGUCCCGUCCCGUAGCCUGCGGCGUUCGGUGCGGGGAGAAAACGGGUUGAGCACGAGCGCGUUUAUUGGCUGGCGGACGGUGAGAAGCGGACGCUAAUUGGCUGAGGGCGGCGCGAGGCGGACGCUGAUUGGCUGGGGCGCGCCGACGCCGGUGUUUUGCGGCCCCGGGCCGCCCGGCCGUCCAGCCCCGCUCCGGUCAUGGUGCUGGGCCGCGGGCUGCUCGGCCGCCGGAGCCUCGUCGCGUUGGGAGCCGCCUGCACCCGCCGAGGCCUGGGUCCAGCCCUGCUGGGAGUUUUCCACCACACAGACUUGCGGAAGAGUCUGACUGUGGACGAGGGCACCAUGAAGGUGGAGGUGCUGCCUGCCCUGACCGACAACUACAUGUACUUGGUCAUGGACGACGAGACCAAGGAGGCUGCCAUCGUGGACCCGGUGCAGCCCCAGAAGGUGGUGGAGGAGGCGAAAAAGCACGGGGUGAAGCUGACCACGGUGCUGACCACCCAUCACCACUGGGACCAUGCUGGCGGGAAUGAGAAACUGGUGAAGCUGGAACCGGGGCUGAAGGUGUACGGCGGUGACGACCGUAUCGGGGCCCUCACUCACAAGGUCACUCACCUGUCCACACUGCAGGUGGGGUCUCUCAACGUCAAAUGCCUGUCGACACCGUGCCAUACUUCAGGACACAUCUGUUACUUUGUGACCAAACCCGGUGGCUCGCAGCCUCCAGCCGUGUUCACAGGUGACACCUUGUUUGUGGCUGGCUGUGGGAAGUUCUAUGAAGGGACUGCGGAUGAGAUGUGCAAAGCCCUGCUGGAGGUUCUGGGCCGGCUCCCCCCGGACACAAGAGUCUACUGCGGCCAUGAGUACACCAUCAACAACCUCAAGUUCGCACGCCACGUGGAGCCUGGCAACGCCGCUGUCCAGGAGAAGCUGGCCUGGGCCAAGGAGAAGUACGACAUCGGGGAACCCACGGUGCCAUCCACCCUGGCAGAGGAGUUCACCUACAACCCCUUCAUGAGAGUGAGGGAGAAGACAGUGCAGCAGCACGCGGGCGAGACAGACCCCGUGACCACCAUGCGGGCCGUGCGCAGGGAGAAGGACCAGUUCAAGGUGCCCCGGGACUGAGGCUGCCCUGCGCCUUUGGAGCAUUGGGGGAUUAGGCUCUCUUAGGUAACUGGUUUUCCUGCUGCUGAUGCAGGAAAUUCAGUCUUGAUUUAACCUUAAUUUCACAGCUCUUGGCUUGUGUUAUCAAAUGUUCUAAUGCAUAUUUAUAAGAGAAAUUUAAAAAGUAUUUAUUCCCAUAA